AUGUCACCUCUGGAAUGUUCUGAGUGUUUUGGUGACCAGCUUCUGCAUAGGACCUAUACCUGGCACCUUACAUUGCACUCAAGGCCAAACUUUACAAGAAAAAAAGGCACCAGAUAUGAGCGCCUAGAAAUCCCAACCAAUGUGGUUCUGCCUCAGAGGGGCACUGCUGAGCCCUUCCUAAGGCUCCACAGCCUGUACUCCACCCCUCGCUGUUCGCGGCAGGCCCAGGCGGCGCAGGGCCGCCGGGUGGUCAGCCAGCACUCCUACCCGCUCAACCGCUUCUCCUCCGUGCCUUUCGAACCCAUGGAGCGCCCCACCUCCCAGGCGGACCUGGAGCUGGAUUACAACCCGCCGCGGGUGCAGCUCAGUGACGAGAUGUUCGUGUUCCAGGACGGAAGGUGGGUGAACGAGAACUGUCGCCUCCAGUCCCCUUACUUCUCUCCUUCUUCCUCCUUCCACCACAAGCUGCACCACAAGAGGCUGGCCAAGGAGUACCUGCUGCAGGAGGAGAACCGGGCCCUGCGGGAGGAGAACAAGGCCCUGCGGGAGGAGAACAAGAGCCUCCGCAAGGAGAACAAGAUCCUGCAGGUCUUCUGCGAGGAGCACAAGGCCGCCCUGGGCCGCGAGGAGAGCCGCGCCUCCUCCCCACCGCUGCACAAGGACAACGCGUCGCUGGAGGCGGUCAAGAAGGACAACGCGGCCCUGCCGUCGCAGUGCAGCAAGGAGAACAGCACGCUGCAGCUCCUCCGGGAGGAGAACCGAGCCCUGCAGCAGCUGCUGGAGCAGAGGCAGGCCUACUGGAGCCAGGCCGAGGACAAGAGCACCUCUGUGGAGGACAGCAAGCCAGUGCCCUCCCCCCACCAGGAGCCGCACGGGCCUGGACUGCUGCCCGACCAGAGCCCGGGCCUUUCCUCUCCCUUUGAAGAGCCCAAAGGACCCUCGAGCCCGCAAGAGGACUCCAAGACGCUGCGGGCCUUGAGGGAGAUGGUCAGCAACCUGUCGGGGCCUUCCAGGGAGGACGAGGGCAAGACGGUCACAAGCCUGGUGGGUGGAGAGCAGCCCCUGCAGCUGAUGAGAGAGAUGAGCCAGGCGCUGCAGGCCCUGCGCGAGGAGAAUCGGCUCUUGCAGGAGGAGAACAGGGCCCUGCACGUGCUCCGCGAGGAGCACCGCGUCUUCCAGGAGGAGAACAAGGCCCUGUGGGAGAACAAUAAGCUGAAGCUGCAGCAGAGGCUGGUCAUCGACACGGUGACAGAGGUCACCGCCCGCAUGGAGAUGCUCAUCGAGGAGCUCUGUGCCUUCAUGCCGUCCAAGAACAAGGACCUCAAGAAGCCCAGCAGGGUCUGA